UGGUGUGAAGUUGAAGAGGCUGUCGCAUGAAUUACUGUCACAAACACAGCGAGCCAAAGACUUGAAGACAGCUUCUGGAAAUGGCUGAAGAGGACCAGAGUGAGGCACCACAACAAACAGCUGGCAGUGAUGAAGACAAGGCGAGAGCGAAACAGGCCUCUCCCUGUGUCAUUGAAAUUCACGACUCUACAACUGAAUGUGAGGAAGAAACGAGGUCCAGUAAGAUGCCAAUGGAGGAAAAAGUAUUCAUAGCACGUUUGCACUCAUUUAUGAAAGAUAAAGGUACACCCAUAGAAAGGAUCCCACAUCUUGGCUUUAAACAGAUUGAUCUCUGGAUGAUCUACAAAGCUGUAGUGAAACUUGGAGGAUAUGAAUCGGUGACUACUGGACGUCUUUGGAAGAGGGUCUACGAUGAGCUUGGAGGAAGCCCAGGUAGUACCAGCGCUGCUACUUGCACUCGGAGACACUAUGAGAGGUUGGUGCUGCCAUUCGAGAGACACAUAAAAGGAGAGGAUGACAAACCUCUGCCUCCAAGCAAACCACGGAAGCCAUACAAAAGAAAUCAGGAGAGUAAAGUGAACAAGGCUGAUGGAAAGAGGAAGAGGAGUCAUUCUGAAAGAGAAAUGGAUUCUGAGUUACUCGCUCAGAGAAGUCCAGAUGCAGUCUGCCAAAGUGAAACAACAAUGAAUCCUCACUUUGCCCUCUGGCCUUCUAGAUCUGACAGAUGCCACCCGGAGCGCUCUCAACCAAACAGAACCGCAGGAGAUUUCUGCACGCCUGUCAAUGGCCACAUCCUGCAGGUUUCUGCAUCCAGCAGUUGGGUUGCUCAUCUACACUCUACAACUGGAGAAGUCAUCUCUCCUCUUGAGAAGAAGAAGCGAAUGGCUCAGGCCAGCCUUAAUGUGCCGCUGAGAUCCCAGAGAGAGGAUAAGGAAAGGCCUUCAGUUAUCCACUGCUCCCUAUCUCCGACCCGGGCUUCUUCCAGCAGGAACUGCAAUUCUUCUGAAGGUUCUCCCUUGCCCGUAUCCUCCUCCUCUUCACGCAGUCCUUCCCCUCUUUCUGUUUCUUCAGAAGAAUCUCCAGCAGGGAGUGAGGACAAACCCAGACACAGCUCAACGUCGGCCGAGAAUUGUUUGAGCACAGCAAAAAUACAAGAGGACAACAAGCCUGUGAGCUGCAAUCAGACGGCUACAAAUACUUCGGCACAAAAACAGGAUGUGUCUCAAAUUAGCUCCGAAGCGCAAGCUACUGAUUCUCUAAAAAGCCAAAUAAAAGACUCCGCCUGGGAGCCUUAUCGCAAAGGAACCGGCAAAUAUUUAAACUCAUCCCCCUCCUUCUCAACUUCUGCCUCUAGCUUCAACAAAGUUAUCCCCAAAUCAGUGCAGCUGCUGCGGCCUGCUCCCAUUCGGCCAACUUACAAAUUUCUCCAGAGCAGGUUUCUCCAGAUGGACAACACUCUGACUUGCACUAAGAAGCUGGGUGGUGUGGCCCCGUGGCCUUAUCAUCCAGAGAAGAGAGACAGACCAAGGACAGUGCAGCAGAAAGCUCCUCCCACUCAGCAGGGAUUUUCUCAGUCCACCACCACUGUGCCGGCGUUGUGCAUCAUGUCCAAUUACGACAAAUCAGCGAGAGACACUCGGCACCAGCAACCAGUGCACCCAGCGCUGCUUCACCACAGAAUGAGACUCCCUCACUCCCAGCAAAUGUAUCAUCCUAUGCCAGUAGGUCCAGGUCACUCUACUAUCUUUGGUCCUGCUGUUUUCCCCUAUCCUUACUCCAUUCCUCUGUUAAGUCCCCAAGUUGGAUACCCACUAUCUGCCAUGAAUCAAUUUUAUCCCCGCAAGCUUUGAGGAGGAUAAUUAAAUUUUUUAGAGUGGCUUUCAAAUGAGUUUCAGAGGAAAGGAAAUCGGGGCUCGGAGAUACCUAGAUGAGUUUUUAAAAACCGUCGGUCAAACAGCUAGAAAGGCAACAUUUCUCUACAGCUGCUAUACUGAGGCCAGUUGAAAGUAACCUGUAUCAUGUAAAUGUUAAAAACUGUAUUAUUUUUCAUUCUGUCUUGUUUCCCCAGAACGUUCUACUUUGUUCAAAUAAAUCCAAAUAAAAAUCAUAAUUUCUGGGAAAUUCACACAUCCAGAUAGGUUUAGAAUUUUAAAUGGUCAGUUUUACCUCAUUAAUCUUUAAUUGCACAGUUUCACUUCUUAUUCUUAAAAGAAAGCAGUCCUGCUGUUGUUUUUAGUACUGUAUUGUUGUAAACUGUUCAGAUGCUGGUUUGUACAUUCUCUGUGUUAAAUAUUUUUUUAGAAAAUGCAUUGGAUUUGCUGUCAUUCAAAUGUAUUUAAAAAGAAAAUGAAAAGAAAUAAACAAUAAUCUUUAUAAA